AUGUGCUCCGUCGACAAGAUGCUCAUCAAGGGCAUCCGCAGCUUCAGCCCCGAUAACGACCAUGCGAUCAUCUUCCCGAAGCCCCUCACGCUUAUCGUCGGGCGCAACGGCGCGGGAAAGACGACGGUGAUCGAAUGCUUGAAGAUGGCGACGACCGGCGAGCUUCCUCCGAGCGCGCGGGCCGGACAGGCUUUCAUCCACGACCCGAAGGUGGCGAACGUCACCGAGGUCAAGGCGCAAAUCAAGCUUCGAUUCCGCGACGUCCGCGCGCAGCCGUGCGUCGUGACCAGAUCCUUCCAGCUGGCGCAGAAGAGCGGCGGUAAGCUCGAGAAGAAAGAUCUCGACCAGGUCAUACAGACGAUCGAUGAGAAGACGGGGGAGAAGGUGAGCGUCAGUCGCAAGUGCGCCGACAUCAACGCGACCGUGCCAGAUAUGAUGGGAGUCAGCAAGGCGAUCCUCGAGAACGUGGUGUUCGUCCACCAGGAGGACAGCAACUGGCCGCUGGGAGAGGCGGCGACGUUGAAGAAAAAGUUUGACGAGAUAUUCAGCGCUACGAAGUACACGAAGGCCCUCGAGCACAUCGGAAGGCUGCGAAAGGAGCAGGCCGCGGCGAUCAAAGAGCAUAAGCUGAGGGUGGAGAACCUCCGGCUGCAAAAAGAUCACGCAUCCAAGCUGAAGGAUAGGCACGACGACGCGAGGGACAAGGCCACGGCGCUCGGAUCGCGGAUGAAAGAGCUUCAGGGGAAGAUAGAUGAGUGCAACUCGGCGGUGACCGCCGCCGGCGGGGACAUCCACGAACUUCGUUCGCUCUCGGAGAAGAUCGGGCAGCUAGAGGCGAGGAGGGAGGCGAUCGUGACGGAGAAUUCGCGCAAGCACGCGAACCUGGGCACGUACGAGAUGACAGACCCGACAGAGGUGCUCGAAAAAUCCGCCGAGGACUUUGCCGCACAGGUGUCGAGCCUCAAGCGCCUGCUGGAGGAGUGCGAGCGGAAAUCCGGCGACCUCGGGCUGGAGAUCGCCAAUUUCACCGAGCGCCGCGAGAAGGUGAGGGCGAAGAUUGCCGCAAAGCUUGUGGGGCUCAGAGCCGCUGCGGACGCGCUUCGGGCCAAGCACAGCGCCGAGGACGACGAGAGGACCGCCGCCGCUGAUGCCGCCGCGAGGAAACUCGCCGCAAAGGAAGAGGCCGCGAGGGUUCGCUCGGAGCGACGCGAUAGCCGCCGAAGCAGGCGCGCGGAGCAGAUAUCCGCGGAGAUUGCCGCGUGCGCGGUGUCCGACCGGGCGGUCGACGACCUCAACGCCAGGCUCGUGCAGCAGCGCACGGCCUUCGAGGACAAGCAGCGCGACGCGACGUCGUCCACGAUCGCGGACGAUCUCGAAAUCAAGUGCCGCGAACUCGAGGACCUCGACCGAAACCUCCAGCGACUCAGGUCGGAGCAAGACCGCGCCGCCGCCGCGGGCGAGAGCGCGCUCAGGCUUCGACUGAAGCGCGAGGAGCUCUUCUCCGCAGAGGAGCGCCUCGCCGCGUUACUCGCCGCGAAGAAACCCGCGUUGCGCGAGAUUUUCGGUGACGACGACGCCGCCGUCCCGAGCUCGGGCGCUUCCGUCCGCGACGCCGUCCGCGAGAUGCGGGAGCUCACCGUCGGGGAACUAGACCGUGCGCGCGUCGCGAGCGUCGCCGCUGAGGCCGCCUUGGACGCGGCGGCGAAGGCGUUGGACGGCGCUCGAUUGGACCGCGAGCGAUUGGACGCCGAACUGGACGAGCUGGAGUCGAGGGCGGGUGCCGUGUUGGACGAGCCGGAGUCGAGGGACGCGUCCGCGGGUUCUCGUUUCGCCGGAUACGACCGAGCGCUCGCCGACGCCGACGCCGCCGUCGCGGAGGCUGACGCGAUGCUCGCGGAAACCGAGAACAUGUCCAAAGUUUUUGGUAACUUUGCUCGUACGGCGGAGCGGCAGAGAUGUUGCGCGCUCUGCGCCAGGGAUUUCGAAACUGACGGGGGCCUCGCCGAGUUCAGGGCCCAACUCGACGAGAAGCUCCGACGACUCCCCGGUCGCGUCGACCAGCUCAAGACGUCGCGCGAGAACGCCCGGACAAAGCGGGCGGCGAUACACGCGUUGGGACCCGCCGCCGCGCGAUACCGUGCGCUCGUCGACGCCGUGCUGCCCGAGAGCGACUCCACGCUGUCCGAGGCUUCAGCCACCGUCGACGCGGCUCGCGUCGCAGCCGCAGCCGCGGGCGCCGACGUCGCCGACGCCGAGGCGCGGCGCGCGCGAAUAAUCGCACUGACGGACGAUGCCGACGCGAUCACGGCGCUGUUGAGGGAGAGCGAUUCGGCCCGCUCCGCUCUCGAGGAACUGGAACGCUCCAUGGGCAUCGCGCCUUCGCAGCAGACGCAGGGUGGGCAGUCGCAGCCGCGGGGCGAGGCUCGAACGGUGAGCUCAAUCGCGGCGGAUAUUGAGGAUUGCGAGAUUGCGAGGAGCGCCGCGGAGAAGGAUCGCGACUUGCUCAGGCGGAGAAAGGAGCGCAUGGAUCGGGAUCUUCUCGAUGCGGAGCGCGAGCUGGCGGCGACCAGGGAGGAACAUGUCCGGACACAGGCGAAGGUGGAGCGACGCGCGGAGCUUAGACGCGAGCUGGCUGAGAUCGAGACAGAAGAGAAGGAGGCAGCCGCCGACGAGGCCCGCCGCGCCGCCGAGUGCGCACCCGCGGAGGCUGAGCGCGAAAGGCUCGCGGCGCUCCGCGAGGAAGCCAGGGCCAAAGCCCGCGCCGUGGAAGCCGCGGCGGACGAUACGACCCGCGCCCUGCAACGUGAGGUACGAUUCUCAUCGUCGCUCCACUCUUUUCUCGCAUCCAGCUUUGACACCGUCACGCGUACGCCGCCGCAGGUGGACGCCAUGGACGCGGCGGAUAAGCCCAUCGAGGGAUACUACGCGCGGGCAGUGGCUGCGCAGCUCACCCGGGCGAAAGCCGAGCUCGAUGAUGCCGAAGGUAAGCUUGAAUCGCUGAGGACCGAAUUCGCCGAGAUCGAGAAGAAAGGCAAGAAACACGGCGAGCUCAUGAGCCAACAGGAGAGUCUGAAGCGCUCGCUGGACGAUAACAUCGCGUUUCGGAAGGGGAAGGAGGAGGCGGACAGGCUUGCGAAGGAGAUCGAGAGGCUCAACUCGCAGGUUCGAUCCCGCGCUGGGAACCUCGCGGACUUUGAGCGCGUUUACAAACGCAAGACAGAAGCGAGGGAUGCGCUAAAGGCUGAGUACGCUGAGUCGCAAGGCAGGGUAAAGACCCACCAGGAGGCCAUGGACUCGUGUCGGAGAGAACUCGGCGGGCCGCAGUACGCGGGUGUUGACGACAGGCUCAUGCGACAGGUUGUCGAGCUCAAAACCUCGGAGAUGGUCUCGCAGGACCUGGAGAGGUAUUACGGCGCGCUGGACCGGGCUCUGAUGGCCUUCCAUGCGUCCAAGAUGAGCGACAUCAACAGGGUGGUCCGCGAGCUCUGGCAGCGAACGUACCGCGGUCAGGACAUCGACUAUAUCCAGAUCCGGUCCGACGACGACGGCGCGGCGAAAAAAACCGGUGGAGUCCGAAGCUCGUACAACUACCGCGUGGUCAUGGUCGUCGGCGACGCCGAGCUUGAGAUGCGGGGACGAUGCUCCGCGGGCCAGAAGGUUCUAGCUUGCCUGAUCAUCCGCUUGGCGCUGGCGGAGACGUUUUGCCUCAACUGCGGCAUUCUCGCGUUGGACGAACCGACCACGAACCUGGAUGCCCCCAACGCCGACUCGCUGGCUCGGUCGCUCGUUGACAUCAUGCACUCGAGGCGCGACCAGGAGAACUUUCAGCUCAUCGUAAUCACCCACGACAUGCACUUUGCUCAGGUCCUCGGUCAGCGCGAGCACGCGGACUACUACUGGAGGAUCACGAAAGACGAUGACCAGCACAGUCAUAUCGAGUGCGAGAACAUCUACGAGUGAUUUUGUCUUUGUGAUUGCAGAUAAUUUAGACUAAGUGUUAGCGAGUGAUUUGGGGAAAACACGUUUGUACACAGGACU